GGUAAACUCCUAUUGGGCAAGUGGCUUGAAGUUCAUUUCUUCUUUUCCCCGUGCCCUGCCCCUUUUAAGCUUUGGGCAGCAGGAGCUUGAAGGACAGACUCGCCUCUUCGAAAAGUUGCACGCAUAACUCAAGACCGGAUUGAACUUGGGUAAGUUGUGUUUUUGUAUAUUCUGUUGGUGCAACCCAGUCCAGAUGAGCAGCAUACAAUAAUUCAUUCAUUUGCAUUUGGGGUUCUGGUUCCUCUAAGCAGCUGAUUUGCACCCAGAGGAAUCUGAAAUGAGAUCCUUCACAAAUAAGGAAGCAUAGCCCUUGAGGAAAUGGGUGUCUGUUCCCCAUCUCGUUGGUAGGCAGAGGUGAAGGGCAAUGACACCAGGCUUCUAACUAAGCAUUCUGUUGCUUUCUCUCAAUGGCUAUUUUUUCAAUAAAGCUCAUUCUAUCAAAAUCAAAAUGUCCCUACAUUCUGUGCCUACAUUCUGCCUAUGAAGAGCUCAGAAGCUCUUUACGAGUGAAAGCAGGAAAUCAGAGAUACUUGUUCUUUUCAGAGUGAAUUAGGCAAAUCUUUAAUGAACUCCUGCAUAACAAAACACUUUUUUUUCACAAGAACUGGAAUAUACAAAAUUAUGAACGUAAUAGACACUGUCUGUGACCAGAUAUUCUUUUUUGCUUUGUUUUUUGUUUUUGUAAAACACAGCUUGGGUUGGUGGGUGGUUUUCAUCAGGAAACUGGCUCAUGUUUCUGUUGGGAGUAAAGCAACAAGGCUUGCAAUAUGCUACCUAAACCAAUUGGGAGUGAUGGAUAGAGAGGCAACCCAUUCUUCCCUCUCUUUUGGUAACUGCUGGUUGGUAAAGUACCUUACAGUGGUACCUUGAGUUACAUAUGCUUCAGAUUACAUACGCUUCAGGUUACAGACUCUGCUAAUCCAGAAAUUGUACCUCGGGUUAAGAACCUUGCUUCAGGAUGAGAAUAGAAAUCGUGCUCCGGCGGCACGGCAGCAGCAGGAGGCCCCAUUAGCCAAAGUGGUGCUUCAGGUUAAUAACAGUUUCAGGUUAAGAAUGGGAUGCAGCUGUUUGUCUCAGGUCUCGCCAACACUUCCAAUUGUGCCAUGCUUAGAAAGCAGAGGUCCGAGUGGUUUUCCACUUGACCCGCUCCUUUCCAAGGGCAUAGUUCGUUAUUUAGUAAUACCUCACAAUUCAUGGAAAUCAAAGUGUGGCUAAGCCCUCAGUCUCCUUAACGCCCUGGCUGUGGAGCUGAAUGAAGGCUGCUCUGUGAACACAGCUGGUGCCAGCACUUGUCAUUCUUGGGCAGCUCUUAAGAACCCCAGAUUCCCAUAAUUAGCAGGGUUAUCUGAAGAUUUGUAAGAUGAAAUUGCUACCUAUUCAGGUUGAGUAAUAUAAUAUUUUAGGUAAUGCUGUAACAAGGAUAGGAAACAAAGCGAAGUGUAAAGAUGUAAAGUUUAAUUUUGGAAACCAUCAGAUUGGAUGGAGGGAAGUCAUUAGGUUCAGUUGAGCCAAAGAGAUAAAAUAAGACGGUACAAUGUUACGUAAUAUGAUUAUAUGUAAAACCAAUAAAUUCAUAUAUAUAUAUAUAUAUAUAUGUGUGUGUGUGUGAGAGAGAGAGAGAGAGAGAUAGAUAGAGAGAGAGAAUUUGGAAUGCCUAAUUCCUGCCCUGAGGUCCCCCUUGCUUAAAUAUAGUUUGCCAUUUAUCUAUGUAAAUAAAGUCAAUUGGGGCAGGACCUCCCAUUCAUGCCAAUGAUAUUUAACUUUGAUUCAAUACAGGCUUCCCACAAAUGCUCCAUAUUCUAUCACCACAUUUCCUAUAAGGAAAUGUCCAAUACAGUGGUACCUCAAGUUAAGUACUUAAUUCGUUCCGGAGGUUCGUUCUUAACCUGAAACUGUUCUUAACCUGAAGCACCACUUUAGCUAAUGGGGCCUCCCGCUGCCGCCACGCCACCAAAGCAAGAUUUCUGUUCUCAUCCUGAAGCAAAGUUCUUAACCUGAGGUAAUAUUUCUGGGUUAGCGGAGUCUGUAACCUGAAGAGUAUGUAACCUGAAGCGUAUGUAACCCGAGGUACCACUGUAUAGGUUUAUUUCCUGUAAGGUGUAUAAGAUGCCUUAAGAAAUAGGCAUCUCUUUAAUGUUUUCCUCCUUUCUUCCUCUUCUUUUUCCUUCCAGAAGAUUCUUAGACACCACCAUGUUGGUUUCUAGCUGCCUGCUGGUUCGUCUGGCCAUCCUUCUCAGCGUCGUCCUGGUGCAGUCCUGCGAAGGGCAGUCUUGGGCCGCUUUUCAAAACAAGCACAUUGAUUAUCCCCGGACCCAAGCCUCCAACCCCAGUGCCUACUGCAACCUCAUGAUGGUGAAGAGGAAUCUGAAUCCAAUUACAUGCAAACCAAGGAAUACUUUCAUCAACUAUGACAAUGAGUCUGUCCUACAGGUCUGCGGCAGUGGUGGGACGUGUUGGCAAUAUAAUUUAUAUGACAGUAACGAGUACUUCCCCAUGAUUGACUGCAGCUACACCGAUGGUAAACCUCCUAAGGACUGCAAAUACAAAGGCACAGAGACCUGCAAACGCGUUCGUGUGGCCUGCGAAGAAAAGAAGCCCGUUCACCUGGAGAAGCUGCUGUGAUAGGCAGAAAACCACACAAGCCACGCUCUGCCCAUUGAAGCCAGAAUGCUCAUUUGGCCAUUUCUCCCUGCAAUGCAACCACAUCAUUGAAUUUCCCCAGUUUAACAGUCAUUUGCCCUUUUCAGGGGACCCUGAGAGCUGUGGCUCUAAGGGCAAUGACACCAGGCUUCUAACUACACAUUCUGUUGCUUUCUCUCAAUGGCUAUUCUCUCAAUAAAGCUUAUUCUAUCAAAAGCAAAA